AUGGAAUUUGAAAAUGCAAUUGAGUUUAGGGAAGCUAUUACCAACUACUGUGUGCGUACAGGCAGGGAUGUUCGGUUGACAAAGAAUAAUGCCAAGAAAAUGGGAGCUAGGUGUAGUGCUAACAAGUGUCCUUUCUACAUAUGGGCUUCCUAUCAUCGAGGGCAAGGUAAUUUGGUUGUUAAAACUCUUAUUCCAGUACAUAGUUGUGGUAGGUUAGAAACAUUAAAGAAGAUGAGAGCUGCCUGGAUUGCUAAGACAUACCACAUCAAGUUCAAAGUAAACCCUUAUUUGAGAUGCAGAGAAAUAGUCGAGACAAUUUGGACGGAACAUGGUAUAAGGGUAUCUCUGUGGAUGGCUUUAAAGGCUAGGAGGAAAGCUCAAAACCUCAUACUUGGAGAGUAUAGAGAGCAAUAUUCAUUGUUGUACAGGUAUGCAGAGGAAAUCAAACGAUCAAAUCCAAGGAACACAAUUAAGUUUAAGUUGAAUAAUAAUGUGUUUGAAAGAUUAUACAUCUGUUUUGAUGCUAUAAAAAAAGGAUUUCUUGCUGGUUGUAGAAGGUUUUUUGGGAUUGAUGGUUGCUUUCUUAAAGGUCCAUUUGGGGGACAACUUCUUGUUGCCGUGAGACGGGAUGGUAACAAUCAGAUGUACCCUAUUGCUUGGGCGUGUGUAGAGGUUGAAGAUACAAAUAGUUGGGGUUGUUUUUUGCAAUUACUUGCAGAUGAUCUGGAUACGCAUGAUGGCAGGGGUUACACGAUUAUGUCAGAUCAACAAAAAGGAUUGUUGAAGGCCAUAUCCAUUGUGUGGCCAGCAGCUGAAACAAGAGUGUGUGCAAGGCACGUGUACUGCAAUUUCAGACAAGUAUAUGGCGGUGGGUUGGAGUAUAGAAGGGAUUUCUGGAAAAUAGCAAAGAGCACUACGAUGAAUGAUUUCAAUGCAAACAUGGAGCUCUUUAAAGCUAUUAAAGUGGAAGAAGGUGAUGAUUUACUGAAAAGGAACCAUACGAAGUGGAUUAGGGCAUUUUUCACAUCACAAUCUGAAUGUGAUUGUAUUGAUAACAAUAUGAAUGAAGUUUUUAAUGCGUAUAUCUUGUCCUCGAGGCACAAACCAAUUAUAACAAUGCUCGUAGACAUAAGGGAGUCACUGAUGGAAAGGCUCCACAAGAAAAGGGACUUCAUUGCUAACAAGGACAUACUAAUCUGUCCUAGAAUUCAAAAAAGGCUAGAGAAAGCAAAGCUUGAUGCUCGGGGAUGGCUAGCUUUCUGGGAUGGACACUUUUCUUAUGGUGUUAGAGAAGGAGCAACUCAAGUUCGGUAUGCUGUUAGCUUUCUUGACAGAACAUGCAGUUGCAAUGCUUGGCAACUAAGUGGUGUGCCUUGCAACCAUGCUGUUACAGCAAUAUGGAAAGCGAUGGAACAUCCCGAACAUUAUGUUUCCCACUGGUAUUCAAAGGAAACAUAUCUGAAAGCUUAUUUGUUUCCUUUAGAGCCUCUCAAUGGUCCUCAACAGUGGCCAACAUCCAUGUAUGAACCCAUCGAAGCACCGGGAUGUAAGAAGUUGCAGAAUCGACCCACUGUGAAGAGAAAGCCGUCAGUUGGAGAAAAUGUGCAAGAUAAUAUCAAGUUGAGCAAGAAGGGACUACCUCACAAGUGUUCUAACUGUGGGGAGGUGGGGCACAAUAAAAGGAAGUGUUCUAUGCCUCUUAAGGUACCAAAUGGACCACCUGUUGCUAAGAAGACAGCAACUACACCUACUCAGUCAACACAAACAGAAACAACAACAUCUCAAGCAGAAACAGGGGUUUUAGUUGCUCCAAAACAGAAGAAACAGGCUAAGGGGAAGCAACCAAUGUAUGUGAAUGCACAGCAGGGGUUUGCACCAAUGCACAACAAAGGUGUUGGGGUUUACACUUAUCCUAAUGGCUUUCAAAGGCAGGCUAUGGUAAGUGUUUGUAUCGAUUCUUCGCUUUAG